AUGGAGAAGAUGCAUUACGCUGAGGAGUUAGUAAGGGAGUUUCUCGUCUUUCGAGGAUUCACCAACACUCUCGAAGCUUACGAAACGGAAUUGCGCACCGAUGUCGGAAAAGGCUUUCAGGUUGACAAAAUUCUUGACCUAAUCUUCUCGUUAUACGUUCCGAAGUUUCAGAUUGAUAAAUUGGUAGCGCUUCUCGGUUUCUUCAAACACUAUCUCUCUUCGUCGUUCGAAACUACACUCGUUUCAACUUUCUCUAAAUUGGAGGCUUCUCUUUUGCGAUUCUACAUUGUUCACGCUUUGCAAUCCAAUCGGAGGGAUAAGGUUGUUGAGUUUUUCACUGUUCAUGGUCCUGAUUUGUUGCAGAGUUCUCAGGAGGAUUGGACUCAAUGGUUUGCAAUUCCUUAUGCGAAGAAUCCACAAUUGGAUCCGGAAUUUCGAAUAUUUUUCUCCAAGGAGUGGUAUCAGGCUUUGCAUCUCUCUGUUAGAAACUUCUUUAGUGAGAUCUUCAAUGCUACUCAUAUCCUUCAUAACAUUUGUUUGAAAGAAAAAAACAGUUUCUCUUGUUUCAGAUAG